UAUUGUCAGAAGGAGGUGAUAAAGGUGGAAUAUUUGAAGAUGUCGAGGGUGUAGACAGAAUAUUUGAAAAUGUAAAAGGUAUAGACAGAAUAAUUGAAGAUGUAGAAAGAGUAAGCAAAAUAUUUUGGGUAGUUGUGAGAGGUUAUGAAUCUUCAGGAAUAAAAUUAGAAUAA